AUGGAGUUCGUCACAGGUGGUGAACUUUUUGCCAAGAUACCUAAAUGUAGAUGUCGGGAAGAUUUAACUCCACGAUACUUUCAGCAGUUAAUAUCAGCUGUUGGUUAUUGUCAUUCUCAUGGUGUUUUCCACCCUGAUCUUAAACCUGAAAAUUUGUUGAUUGACGCCAACGGUGAUUUAAAGGUGUCAGAUUUUGGUCUUAGUGCGGUCACGUCGCAGAACAGGGUUUUGUAUACAUCAUGUGGAACACCCGCAUAUGUGGCUCCGGAAAUAUUAGCUAGAAGAGUCUGCCGGGCAUUUACGAGAAAAUACAUAAAGGCGAGUAUUGUGUACCUAAACGGACAUCACCGGGUUUACGACAUCUUUUUUCUCGAUAAGAAUCCAGCUACUAGGAUUACCGUUGAUGAAAUUACCCAAGACCCUUGGUUUUCGAAAGGUUAUAAAGCGAUCCAGUUCCAUGACUAUGAUGAUAAAUAUCUAACUAAAGGAAUGAAUCCUACAACCGACAGCUUGAAUGCAUUUGAUAUUAUCUCAUUCUCUCGGGGUAUUGAUUUAUCAGAUUUGUUUGAGAGUUUCGAUAAAUCAGUCGCAGUGGAAAGUGAUCGAUUUAUUACUGGAGAGACACCGGAGAACAUUGCAACAAAGAUCGGUGAAGUCGCAGAGGAAGAAAAGCUCACGAUGACGAAACAAGGUGAUUGGAAGCUAAAUUUGGAAGGGCCGAGCGGGAAGCUAUUUGUCGGCAUCGAAAUAUAUAGGUUGACGGAAAGUUUAGCAGUAGUGGAAGUACGGUCAUACGAGGGUGUUUGGGAGAAGAGAUUCCAGCCGCACCUUAAUACACUGAUUUACAACCCGGAAACAAGUAUUGACUAA